UGACCACACACACAAACACGAGCAGCCGGUCCAGCGGAAAAGUUUCUAGAACGUCGAACUCAAACUCCACUCUUCUCCAUUAAAUCUUCUAUUAAAUAGCAGUUCUUUAUUAUUAUAUAUUUAACACAUUGCUGUUGCAACAACAACAGCAUUAAUAUUUACAAUACAGAACCUUCCAGAAACCAAACGCAUUUCCCAAGGAAACGUAUUCAGAAAUUAAGCAACCCCUAACACAACAAAACCAAACAAAAAACUAAAACCCCAAAAGUGAUAAGAAAAUUGAUUAUUGUGUAGAGUGCCGAGAAGAGACCCGAAGAGAUCUCGCCGUGAGUGAAGUGUCCCUUUGAGAGCGCUAUGUCCGCAUCAGCUGCCGGUUCGCGUAAUAAACACUCUAAGAUCCGUGACGAUGAGCAGCUCGACAUAACCAAGGACGAGUUUAACCGGUUCAAGGAGGCCCUUGGCCAGGAGGAGUUCCGCAAGCUGUUCUUCGAUUACGUCGAGGAGAUCCAGGAUCCCGAGAACCGCAAGAUCUACGAAGAGGAGAUCACCCAGCUGGAGAAGGAGCGCGGUGUGGAGGUAAGGUUCAUCCACCCGCAGCCGGGAUUCGUGAUCAAGACAGCCCUGGAUGGCGAACUCAAGUGCUUCAUCAACAUCGCCGGCUCACCGGAGAUCGAGAGGCCCAAGAACGAGGUGGCCACGGAUCCAUCUAAUGGCAGUCGUGGGCUGAGCUGGUCCAUUCCCAUGGCCCAGACUGCGGCGCGAAGUGACUGCGAUGCCAAGAACAACCACUGCAAGGUGUUCGAUGUGGUCUUCCAUCCGGAUGCCCUGCACCUGGCCAAGCGGAACCAGCAGUUCCGGCAGUGCCUCAUCGACACGGCCCUGGACGCAGUCGAGCGGGAGUACAAGGUCUCCCUGGAUCGCGCCAAUCUCAAAUUUCCCAAGCUGGACUACAAGGGCAUCGCCCGUCCCACUGUGAUACGCAAGUUGUCUGAUAAUCCCUCGGCCGAGGAGCAAGAGCCUCAUCCCCUGGCGCACAUGUUCCCCACAAAGAAACCCUCCGGAGAAAAAGUAGAGCCCCUCGUUCUGCCCAUGAAGACGAAGCCCACUCCCAAGCCGGAGUAUACGGUGCCCAGGUAUUCGAUCAAGCACAGCCACGACGUGGACUUGUCGGAGUACACGGACGAGUUGGACGCCAAGCUGCACGUGACCGUUCCUCGCUCCCUUGUCGUCGAGAUUGAGCUGCCCCUGCUCCGCUCCACAGCCGAGUGCCAGCUGGAUGUCACCUCGAAGUCAGUGUAUCUGUUCAGCGAGCGACAGGGCGCCAAGUACCGCCUGAAACUGGACCUGCCCUUCACCGUGGACGACAAGGCGGGCAGAGCUCGCUUCGACACAGACAUGCGUCGUUUGAGCAUCACCUUGCCCGUGGUCCGGAAGAGCGUCCAGGAGCAGGGCCAGAUGCACGACACCUUGCGCCACUUCAGCCGCGAGGACAGCGGCGUUGAGCUCCAUUCCAACAGCGAGUCGCCAGUGGAGGAGGACCCUGAUGGCGAACUCAGCGAUUCCAAGGCGGAUAUCUCCGAGAUUGCCACGCCCACUGCCACGCCUGUGCGCAAAGCCAACAGUCCGUUCCUCAAGAGCUCCGUUCACUACCAACUACCCAGCAAAUUCGACUGCAACGUCCUGGACAAUGUGAUGGCUUUUGUGCUCCACGUGCCCAACGUUCAGCCCGACUCCAUUGAGCAGUUGAGGGAGCAGCGGAGCCUGCAUCUGCAGUUCGCCACCAUCGGCAGUGGCUACUAUCCCACCCACUAUGCUUUUUACGUAGAGCUGCCGGCGGAGAACGAAGCCUCCGCCAUUGAGAGCGUGGAGGCAGAGGCCUGGGACAACAAUGUGGUACUCAAGCUAAGCCUGAGCUCGCAGAGCGAGACUCCUGCUAGCUAUCUGGCCGGACUAGAUGCCACGGAUCUCAUGGAGUACCCAGUGCAUGGCCAAUACAAUGUUAAGGACAAGGCAGGAGUUAAUACAAAGAAGGAGAUUGCUCCGCUGGAUGUUAAGUUCGAGCGCAGCCAGGAAGGUCAGGCCCUAAAGGUUACCAUACGCCCGGGGGCCAAGGAGGAGGAGCAUGAGCAGGAGGAGGAUGACGAGCACCAGGAUCACGAGCAAGAAAACGAGCAGCAGCACCAGCAGCAGGGUCAAAACAAAAAGCCCGGCAAGAAGCAACGCAAGCGGAACAAGAAGGAGCGCUCCUUCUCCGAGUCGGCGUGUGAUGAUAUGGUCCACGUCCAGGAGCCCGUGGCUAGAAAUCCUGAACCCCAGCCGAAUCCCACAUUUAAACUGCCCUCGCAGCGCAAGCAACGCAGCUACUCGGAGUGCAAUGACAGCACUGGUGGCAAUCAUCGCGGCAUCCUCAAACGAUUCAGCCGUUACGGACCCCGACCCUCGAUAUCGGACAGCUGCUCCUCAAUCGACGACUGCUCCUCAUACUCGUGCUCCGUGGACGCCUCUGGCACAUCGCUAUUCUCGCAUUCGUUUGGCGGCAUUCCCGAGGAAGAUCGGUCCGAUGCCGGGCUCUCGGAGAGCUGCAAGAAGACUGUUAGGUUUAAUGAUCACAUCAUGAAGCAAGUGUUCCGGCUUGACUCGAGCAUCCUGGGUCAGCGCAAGAAGAACCAGAAGCGACGCGAUCUCAAGCUGCGGGCUCAGCAGCGUCGCCUCAGCGAAGGUGAUUCCGUUGAUUACGAGGAGACCCGUGGCACUGCCCUCAAGCAAAAAGAAAAUACAUCAAGAAAUGCCAACAGGCCCAAGGGAGAGUCCUUGCUUCACGACAGCGGACUGGAUCUCACUGGAGCAGCAGGUGCCCAAAGGAGCAACAACGAAUCGGAGCCCAAAAAUGCCAUGAUGUUUGAAAUGGAUGAUUAGGAUGAUGUUAUUUAAACCAUAAAUAUAUUCAUAUUUUUUGAGUGUUUUAGAGGCAUGUUUUCAAGAAUUUGAAAUGCUACUUAUAUAUUAACUAAUGCUACGUAUUUUUUUAAAUAUUUGUACUGUAAUUUGUUUCGUAUCCAAGCAAAUUGCUCAAUUGAAAAGAUUUUCAAAAAUUGUAAUUAGGCAACAAGAAUCAGGGCUAAAAUGAGAAAUCAAAAUAUUCAUUACAUCAUUGUAUUAAAUGUUAUUUAAUUCGGUUAUUCAUUGAAACUGUUGAAACGAAAAAUGAAAUCCUACGCUGAACUGAAACACCUAUUAUUAUAAAAUAAAAAUAUGCAUGUUCAUUCAUAUUGCGAGAUCCAGUUGAUGUCUUAAAAGUUUGCAAACUAUAAGUUUUAAGUAAACAUUACAACACUCAUUUAUUGGCUGCAUGCUCAUAGCUCACAAAACAAUCACAACACGAUAAACUUAAACAAUAUCAAUAGUUAACAAUUCCUCUAGUAUUACACACGACAGAAAUCACCCAAACGCAUAAAAGUAGUGUAUAAGCUAUGUACAUGUUUAGAAACACUGGCUGAAGCAAUGAAUGUAAUUUUAACUUUUGUAAGCGAGCUCGCAAGUUAAAAUAUAUAAACAUCCCUUAAAAAUGA